GCAAGGGAGGGAGGGAAAAGGAGCGAGAGGGAAAGGAGAGCAGAGGAGCUUAGAGAGGGGAUCUGCAUUGUAAGUAGCUCUGAGAGCAGCAAGUGGUGGCUGUUUUUCAACCUGUUUUUGUUUUUUGGAGGAGGCGGUGGACGAGAAGAAGGAGAAGGACCGGGCAGAGGAGCACAGAUUUGAAAAAGUCUGAGCUGAGUUUCAAAACGGAAAAAGAAACUGAGGGAGGAGAAGAGGGGGAAGAGAAGCCGGGAGGAACACAAGGCAGCAAUGGAUAGCAGAGUGGCUCAGCCUGACCCUGGGAUGGCAUGGAUUCACACACAGCUGCUGGCUGCCUUCCAGCACACACACUAGGCAGCUAACACCAAUGAGCUCCCAUGCUUUCGUUCAGCCAUGCUUCCUGGAUAUGGAUUCUCACCUUUUCCUGAUUUCCAACCCCACCUUCACGCUUUUCGCUGCCGAGGAGACAGUCCCAGCAUGUGGAUUCCUGGCUCAGGGGAGUCCCCGUCUUUGAACGAGGCCCAGGAGGACAGGCCUCUCCUCCACCCGUGCCACCACAAGCAUGUUGCUGUUUGCCAGCAGGAAACAUUGGCUUUUAUUGAGCUACAACCACCAGUGACUCCUAAACUAAACGGUCUUGGCUCUUCGAGGCAAACUGUUAUUCCAGAGGCCCAAUGCACAACACACUCCCUGCCCCUGAAUGGUUUCAAACACACACUAAACGAACUGAAUGAUAUGCAGAAUGGCUGCCACAGGACAGACAACGAGCAUGAAACGACACUGAAUUUAAACUCUCACACACCUGAGGGUGACUGCGAGCUUGAAUGCCAAAAUGGCAACAGGACUUCUUUGCAGGAGCAGACAGAGAAACCUCGUUCUGUCACAACACUGUGUCGUCCUCUCCACUCAGCUCUCAGCCUCCCUCUGCCAUUCCCUCUGUCCUCUCUAUACACAAACAGAGACUCUUGGGAAUCUCAGUUACCCUGCUCCCCAUCCUCACCUGAAGGUCCUGGGUGUCAGAGCCCAGACUUCUCCCAGCCGCAGAGGAGGACGUCACAGGGUUCACUGAAAGAGAAGUCUAUCCGGCGAAAGAUGCAGGUCUAUUCCCCAGACAGCCAGAGCGAUGAAUCUCUCAGCAGCCCGAUCCUGGAUGCAGACUACAUCUUCCCAGGACCUUUUGCAUCUUUCCUGGAGGAAGACCUCUGUGGAUUAUCUUCCCUGGAGGCCAUUUCAAGCCCUUCAUCCACAGACGGUGUUACAGAUCUCCCAAACCUCAGUCACGAUGAUAUUUUUGAUCUACCCACAGAACCACUGCAGAUAAUAGAGGACUCGCUGCCAGGGUUGGGGUUAGAGAGCGGGAGUGUAGGGAGGUCAAGUGCCACAGGAGGGAGCUUUUUGCCACGCGGCCGUCAGGCAGAUCAAGAACGGCGGCGGUUCUCAGCCUCAGAACUGAUAUCUAGACUGCAGCUGUCUCAGAGGAAGAACUCCUUCACCUUGAAGCUGGGGAAGUCGCUAUCUGCACGGGUAGCCUCCAGGGACAGACAGAGCACCAACAGCAUCAGUCUCAACACUGACUAUAAGUCCAGCACCAAGCAUCGCAGCUCAGGAGGCUCUAGUGACAGCGCUCCUCAGAGUCCUGUUGGACCUGCACCUGCUCUGCCCAGCAGUGACAAUGGCAUGCCUUUGCACCGUUGGAGCACAAAACUCGGAAUGCGAAAGAAGUCAAUAGAGGAGGACGUCAGCACACUUCCAACCGUUGCUGGUUCCAAUCGAUUAUCACGGUUUUUGCCCAGUUCGAUUCUGUACCAGGAAUACAGUGAUGUCGCCAUCAACAGAGAGAUCCAGAGGCAGCAAGGGAAGGAGCCAGGCACAGAGGAUGAUGGGCUCAGGGACGAAGGGUCAGACGGGACCCCGUCUCCUUCUAAUCUGUCUCCAUCCAGCUCCUUCCGCUCAUCACGAGGUUCUGCUUUUGCACUGUGGCAGGACAUCCCCGAUGUUCGAACCAGCGGCCAGCUCGACAACUUCAGCAAUGAGGAACGUAAAUUACAGGAGGCAAAGUUUGAGCUGGUGACAUCCGAGGCGUCGUACAUUCGUAGUCUGACGAUCGCGGUGGACCACUUCAUGUUGUCGCAGGAGCUCGCAGAGUGUCUUGGAGCUCAGGAUAAGCAGUGGCUCUUCUCCAAGCUGCCUGAAGUCAAAGGAGUCAGUGAGAGGUUUCUUGAGGACUUGGAGCACAGGCUGGAGGAGGACAUUCUGCGGUUUGAUGUGUGCGACAUCGUCCUGGACCACUGCCCAGCUCUGAGAAGGGUUUAUUUACCUUAUGUAACCAACCAGGCGUAUCAGGAGCAGACAUACCAGCGUUUACUGCACGAGAACCCUCGUUUCCCCGGCAUCCUGGCUCGUUUGGAGGAGGACCCCAUCUGCCAAAGACUUCCUCUGACCUCUUUUCUAAUCCUCCCGUUUCAGAGGAUCACACGGCUUAAAAUGCUGGUGGAGAACAUCUUAAAGAGGACGACACCGGGCUCCCGAGAUGAGGACACUGCCACAAAAGCUUUCAAUGAGCUAAAAAAGAUCAUCAAAGAAUGUAACUCCAGUGUGCAGUCGAUGAAGAGGAUGGAGGAACUUAUUCACCUCAAUAAGAAAAUCAAUUUUGAGGGAAAGAUCUUUCCUCUGAUCUCUCAGUCCCGCUGGCUGGUGAAACACGGUGAACUCCUGGAAGUGGACACUCAGAUGAUGAGUAUAUCUGGAUCAAAGCUCAAGUUUCCCACCAAGCCGGUGUACCUCCACCUGUUCAACGACUGUCUCCUGCUGUCCAGGAGGAAGGAUACGUGGAAGUUCAUGGUGUUUGUACACGCCAAGAUCGGAGAGCUAAAAGUGAAGGACCUCAGUCAGAAGCUGCAGGGCAUCUCAGGCUUCAUCUUCCACCUGCAGCUGUGUGAAGGCCAGCACCUCAAACACCAGAUCCUGCUUAAGUCACACACUGAGAGCGGGAAGCAGAGAUGGAUCACAGCAAUGUUUCCAUCUGAUCCCCUGGAAGACAUCGAGCAGGCCAGUGAGAAUGAUGAUAUAUCCCAGGUUCAGUGCAUCAAAAGCUAUCAGGCCCAAGAGCAUGAUGAGUUAACGCUGGAGAAGGCCGACAUUCUUCAUGCUAAGACCAUUACAAGUGAUGGCUGGGUGGAAGGCAUCCGACUGUCAGACGGGGAACGGGGCUGGUUCCCCAAAACCUACGUGGAGGAAAUCACAAGUCGCAGCGCUCGUCUCCGCAAUCUCCGAGAAAAUAUCCGCAUCAAAUGUGUCACGCAGAAAUUAGAGGGGGAAGACUAACUAUCUUUACUGCAACUAGUCAUGUGUGUCUGAGUUGCUAGGUUGCAUCUUUAAGCUUCUGGGUCAUUGUUUUCAUUUUAGAUAUGUGUGGGAUCUACAUGUAGUACGCAGGUGCUAAAUCAACAACGUUUUUCACUGUGUAUCAGCAUUUUCCUUUAGCAUGCUAGCUGCGAAAAGCUUUUAGUUAAAAAGGUUUUUAUACAAUAAGAGUCUGUUGACAUUUUUAACAGUUUUGCCACACUGAAGUUUCUAAAGGAGCAAUCACUUUAUGCAUGCCUUCUGUGAAUGCAUCUUAUUACCAUUUUUAAGUCUGAGAAACACAUGCACAUUUAUCAGCACAGGCAGUAAAUGUUCUCAUAUCCAAAGGUAAAUGUUUACACUCCUUGGCUCAUGUUAGAGAAGCCUGUCACUGCAUUUUUCCUCUGCUGUAUUCAGUCAGCUGAGCUCUGUGAGGGGCAGGAGAUUCACUCAUGUAAUGUCACAACAUCAAAAUGUCGCUCGAGGCAGCUUCUUCGUCUGAGCUGCAUCAGGACACGUCAGAGGCCUUUAAUCUUUCAUCUUUGUUCUCACUGAGUGCUGCUUUCAUUUCAGAAGGCAGAUAAGAAGCUGUCCUGCUGUGUAGUCAGUGUAUUCGACAACAGUGUACACUGGUUAUGAGAAGAAAUGCCUGGUGUGGUUUUGUGUUUUAUAGUCCAUCCAAUAUUUGAUACACUGCAGUGCAUCAUUUCCAUCCAUGUGUCAAAAGAUGUGGAUUGUUAACACAUCCUUGCCUCCUUGUUAAAGAGGACAACACCCUCACUGUAUGCACUGUAUAUAGUCUGUACUGUAGUAACAAUUUGGACUGCAUGAACUCUGAUAGUUGUCCAAACAAGGCAACUGCAGAAUGACGGUUUAAUUUUUUUUUUCUUUAAAGAUGGUUUCACUAUUCUACUGUAACAUAAAUGAAGGACAAGGUCAUAGUACACAAAUACUUUUUUUCUGUUUGUUACCUAAUCUGUUUAAAAGAUUAGGCUGUCUAUAGUCUAUGUUUUUAUUAGAAAGCCCACAAAUAGCCCCACUGUUCAGAAAUAUUAAAGGGGACCUAUUACACUUAGUUUACAGUUCACACUUUCUACUAGAACAUCUUAACAUGCUUUGAUAAUCAAAAGACACUUUUUUUCUUCGCACUUCUAUUGUUGUAUUCACCCUCAGUCAGAUGCUCAGUUUAACGACUAUCUCUUUAAGCAACUCUCCUGAAAAAGCUCAGUCUGCUCUGAUUGGUGAGCAUUUCAGGGUCUUGCAUAUGCAUGCAAAAAAUCUUUCUUAAAGGGUUCAGGGAUCUUAAACCUUUGAACCCUGAGCUAAAUGUUGGGGUUUCUUUCAAAAACAUGGGCGAAAAAAGCAAUGAGCUACUUGGUAAGAAAUGUCCCACAAAAUGCAAAAAAAACAUUAAUAGAUUCAGAAAAUUAUUUUUAAAAAUGAGGUAAAAGAACAAGGCUAGGGAAAACUAUAUUUAUAAUUAUUGUCACAGUUUUAAAU